GGCGGCCCACGGCCCUGCUCGCCCUGCACGCAGCCCUGCCAGGUUCGCAAAGUAACGGAAGGAGAGUUCGAGUCCGGGACGACCGAGAGCCCACCUGGAAAAUGUAGUGGGACUGACCCAUGGACACCAGGCGGCUCAGACCGGAGGUCGAGAAGGGUCGUUCCGCUGAGCUGCUGCGGCGCCUCCGAGGCCUAUCGCUGGUCUUCUGUCUGUCUGCUCUGUACAGUUGCAGGCGGAGGGGAGAGACGAGUUUCUCCCAGGACAGGAGUGUCCACUGCUGCAGCCAGGUGGAAGCAGUGAGCUUCAUCCUCCUCCUCAUCACCUUCUUCUUCUCGCUGGUGUUUGUCUUCUUCUGGGGUCAAGCCAAGAAUGACUACAAUGACUUUGAUUGGUUCAACUUCGGGCACAUGGGCUUCUGGUUCAGUUGGUCUCUGCUGCUGCUGGCCAUCGCAGUUGGACUCUUCAUCUACAUGAGCAUGCUGGUGCUGCUGGCUGUCUGUUUGCUUGUAGAGCGUCAGAAACUCUUCCUGCACUGGAGUCACAAGGUCGGGCUCCUGGUGACGCUGCUCUUCUCUGUUGUGGCCACUGCUGUUCUGUCUGCACUGUGGAGUCAAGAGUGGACAACGCUGUUACUGUCCUUUCAGAUCACGGCGCCGUUCCUGCAUGUGUCCGGAGUCCUCCUGAUGACGUCACUGGCCUGGCCGGUUGCCUUGUACUUCUUCUGCCUCAGAACUCCAGCCAGACGCGCUGCGAUACUGAGCGUGUACCUGACGCUCCUGAGCGCCCUCUACCUGCUGCCCCUGGCUUUUCACUCCCCAUGCCUCAGAGACAGGGCCACACUCCCUCCUCCGCCGGCGCUGUUCGGCCACCGUGGGGCGCCUAUGCUGGCACCAGAAAACACAAUGAUGUCAUUCCAAAAAGCGGUGGAAACAGGAAGUGAUGGUCUGGAAACGGACGUGACCAUCAGUUGGGACGGAGUCCCCUUCCUCAUGCACGACCAGACACUGCGUCGAACGACAAAUGUCCAGCAGGUGUUUCCCGACCGAACCAACAGCGAGGCUGCAGACUUCACCUGGGAAGAGCUUCAGAAUCUGGACGCUGGAAGCUGGUUCUUGAACGACGACCCGUUUGGCUCAGUCGGAUCACUGGGCUCAAGCGAGCGUGUUGAGGUGGCCAACCAGUCUGUCUGCAGCCUGCUGGACUUUCUGCAGCUGGCCGCUCGUACGGGUCAGCUGGUUAUCUUUGACCUCUACCGGCCACCCAAAGGUCACCCAUACAGAGACUCAUGGAUCCACCAGAUUUUGGAGGUGAUCCAAAUCCAGUCAUCCAUCCCGUCGGCGCAGGUGCUGUGGCUCCCCUCACACCUGCGUCCGCUGGUCCAGCAGAUGGACCCAGACCUGCAGCAGACUACUGGUUCUCUGCUGUCGCCAGAACAGAUCCAGGAGAACAACAUUGUCAGACUCAACCUGCACUACCGUCACAUGUCAGCGUCGCUGGUCAGCAACUAUUCAGCCCUGAAUGUCUCCACCAACUUGUACGUGGUCAGCGAGCCGUGGAUCUACUCGCUGGCAUGGUGUUCGGGCGUUCAUUCCGUCACCACUAAUGCUCCUCAUCUGCUCCACACGCUGAAGCGCCCGCUGUUCCUCAUGACUGGUCACGCUGACAUUCAGAGAAGUUACUCUGAUGUUCUGGAGAGCAGCAGCGCCCCCUUUGGGAUGGAUGCUGUUUCCAUGGCAACAGAAACAAACCAAAUAAAGAACCAAGACGGCGUUCUGCGAUUUUGAGAUAUUUGAUCACAGAUGUCUGGACCAAUCAAGACCCGGUUGACCCAGAUCCUCUCGGACUCAGUCACAUGAUCACACAGAUUUUUGUAAAACAUAUAUUUUUGCUCGAGCAAGACGUGACAUCACACCAGGAAGUGAAGGCUCCAGAGCCCCUUGUGGUCAGGAACACGCCAGGAUCGAGACCAUGCACUCACAAGCUCAGGAAGGUGCGUUGAGCUUCACUGUCAGUUGAACGUGAUUCAGUGGUGGACGUGCAGCUCAACCUCCACAGCCCCUUCAGUAGAGUCUUAGUGCAUUCAGAGAACCCUGUGAUCCUCAGUCCAGUGUUGCAGCCGGCAAACAUUGUGGUUCCUUGAGUGAAUGAGACCCAGAGUGACUGGUGGGGUCACUGGGAGGCUUGAAGGUGUUCAAUGCUUUCAACAAGAAUUGGUUUUCAUCCAUUAAAACGACAAUUUGAAACUUUGUUCAUAGGCAACACCAUGGCUGACAGCCACCACCAGGGGGCGCUGAAUUGAGAUGUUUGCAUAGAGACAGGAAGUUAAUCUGUAUGUUCCCACUUGUGGUGGUUUUGACUGCCUCGUGACAUGUGAGUCAACAAGCCGUGAAAGAUUCAACGCUUGUGUUUGUUAACUAACAUUUCAACAGAAACUAAAUCACAAAGUCAUCAACGUCGAGUUGAUCUGAGAAAGGCAGCAGCGGAAAUCUCCGCAAGACUGCCCUCUAGAGUCCAGAGAUGUCCACUUGAGCGCCCUCUUGAGUGCUCAUGAACAAGUUUUUCAAGUGUCGAGUUACAGCAACAGUAGACAGCUCAGUGAAGGCACCAGGUGAGUUCAGGGUGGCCGCUCAUCACUUGCUGUU